AUGGAAAAAUUACUUCACGCUAGUAAAGAUCAAAUCAAUGCCGUCAGUGAAUUCACGUUGAACAUGUUGAAGAAAAAGAUACCUUUAUCACCGCCCACCGUUUCCAAACUCAAGAAAUAUAGAGUGAUGUUGAGAGAGUUGGGUAAACGGAGGAACUCUUUAAGAAAGCGGCGUCAGUUACUUGUGAAUCAAACAGGCGGUAGCUUUUGGAGUGGUAUGAACGACGCGUUCUGUCAGUGUUUCAAGAGGUCAUGACUGUCACCGUGCAAGAGGGUAUAAACGAAGUGGACACGGGUAUAAAGUUUGAUUUGCAAUUCAACUACGACGACGACAGUGACUAUAAGGAUCCAACCGAGUGUAGACUCACAAUAGCUCAACUGUUUCGGUGGUUGCGUAUACGUGUGGUGGAACCCUUGUGGCGAUUAUGGAGACGUUCUUAAUGGUGAAACCGGAUGAGUUUCGAGUUUUGGUAGAUUAUUACAAGGGAAAAAUUACUGAAAGUACUCUUCUGGACAAAGCCGCACGCGUGGCCGCCGAAGCAAAACUGUUAUUAGAAGAUACAUCUACUCCUGUUGCUUUAAAAGAACCUGUGGUAAAAGAAUUGUUAAAGCAAGAACGCAAGCUUACUGACAAAUUGAGACAGAUUCCUAUCGCCGGUGGUGUAGAACCUCCACCUCGAGACGAUGAUGGUAAUCUCAUGGAGGGGUUGCAAGAGGGAUUGUUAAAAGAACUCAUUAAAUCCAUAAAUAUGAGGGGACAAGCCGCCGUACCUCAGAUGACACUCAAGAGGGAACCUGUCACACCUGUGGGGAUCAAGAACGAACCCGUCACCCCUGCGAAACCGGGAACGUCCAAGAUUCCUUUUCUCACAGCUCCAUCCCAAAAGAUACAAAAAACGAAACGAAAACUUCCUGUUCCCACACCGCAAAAGCAUCGCACGGAGUUGGAACGACUCAGAGAAUUUGGUAACUGGGAACCUUGGGAAAAGAGAGGUUACGACCCGUAUCAAGUGUUUGAAGAUGACGAAACGCCAAAGUCGAAGAAAGGCAAAGGGAGGGGCAAGAACCGUCCAAGCUAA